UUAUGCAUUAUGAGUUUAUUUUUGAAUGGAAAAGAUGUGAAUAUAAUGCAGUCCGGAUGAAUGUUUAAACUUUUCAGAGGGCCUUUAAAAUGUUUUGUUUUCCAUGUUUGACCUUUAAAUAGCUCAAUAUAAUAUUUUGUAAAUAUUUGAUGUUUCCUCAUUAAUUAACCAUGAAGUUAUGGAUAUGCACAUUUAAAUUACUCCAUAAAACAAAGAACUUAUUUUUACCUCUAAUUAUGCUAUUUUUAAUUUUCUGGUUCACCAUAAAUGCCAUUAUGCUGGAUGAUAAAAGGAUGAAUGGCAAUAAAAUAACUCUGCCGAAACCAUUGGAUAACUCGCUUUUAUCAACAAUAGUUAUUAAAAGUAAAGUAAUUCCUCAAAGAGUUCCAGUGAACAAAACUGUGAUUACUGUUGAUAAGGAUUUCAAUUUGUCAGAUUUGGGAAAUACUAGACGAAUCCCGAAAUUUCUCAUUAUUGGUGUAAUGAAUUGUGGAACAAAUGCACUUUUCGAUCUCCUCAACACACAUGCUCAGUUAGUUUCUCCAAUUAAUGAGGUCAAUAUAUUUCAGGCCCAUGAUUUAGGAACUGAAUGGUUUCGUGAGCAAAUGCCAAAAUCUAGACACUGGCAGCAAACGUUUGAUAAAUCUACUGAAUAUUUUACAAUUAACACUGAUGAUGUCAAAACUAUAAAAGAAAUUAAUCCAUACAUGAGGUUCUUGGUUAUUGUAUGUGAUCCCACGAAACGGGCAAUUUCACACUGCUUAAACCUUAUUGAAAAAGGAAACAGAACUGUGAAACCCAUGAAAGAAAUACUUCUCAACCCAGAAGAUGAAAAACUUAACAUUGAGGAUCCUAUUAUUGAUCACGGUCUUUAUGCUAAGCAUUUACAAACUUAUUACAAAGUUUUUCCCAGGGAGAAAUUUCAUAUAAUAAAGCAAGAAGAAUUGUUAAGCAAGCCUUGGAUAGCUUUAGAAAAGGUGGAAACAUUUCUGAAAAUCAUACAUCUUUUUCUUGAAAAUAGAUUCUACUUCAACAAGGAAUAUGGCCACUACUGCCUAAAGGAGAAAAUCCAAUGCAUAUCCAUUAAUAGCUCGAUAAGGGAGGAUUUCCAGCAGUAUAUACCAAAUGAUGACACGGUUGAUGAACUUAAACAAUUUUAUCAACCUCAUAACGAAGAAUUUGCCACACUGGUUGGCAUGGACUUUGAAUGGGCUUAGAACAAAGAAAACAGUCUUAACCUGUUAUAAUAGUGAACAUUUACUUUGCAUUUCCAAAAAUUUUGUAAAAAUUAAAAUGAGCAGUUGAAUUAAUGAAUUUACAUGUAAUUAAUAUGCAUAUUGAUGGGAGGCAAUGAGCUUGCACAAAAUGGAAUUUAUAAUGGAUUUCAAAAUAUCCCCUCUGGGAUUAUGGAUUUCAGAAUCUCCCCUCUAUUGCAUGCCCGCCUUAGUACAAUGAUUUCUGUCGAACUCCAUUCUGUCUUUGAAUGUCAUUGAGACAGACUAAAAGCAUUUGAAUUAGGUGUUCACAUUUCGAGGUUUUUGCAUUCCCCAGAUUCUUGAUUCUGGAAAUGUGAACACAUUCUCAAUAAAUAUUUAUAGU